CACCUAUUGUUGUUUUCAACUUUGUGAUAAGCCAAAAUUAGAAACAAAUGGUACCGCUAGCGCCCUCUUUUGCCAAUGAAUCGCAAUACAAUCAGCAACAAACGAUUCUAACCACCAAAAGACGUAAGAAUCGCAAGACUUCUCAUAAAACUGGUUUUAAAAUGGACAUUGAUAGUGAAUCAACAGCGACUUCCCUGGAUGAAAACACCGAAAAUUUUUGUGAUAAUCCAACGCGUGACACCCUCGCCGAGGGAUUAAUGGGAUUGAUAAAACCAACAGUAGAUCAACUUGAUGACCGAGUUAAAGCUACAAAAAUAUCACAGUUGGAGUUAAAACAGUGUAUUGAGUCCCUUGCAGAAGAACUCAAAAAGAUUCAGGAAACACAGAAAACUUCUAUUGAUUUAGAAGUUUAUGUAAAAAAAUUACUCAGUGCAAAACACAGAGUAACAGUGCUAACAAACAUCCUGCAAAGCACUCAGGAAAGACUUGACAAGAUUCAUACAUCAGUAGAAAAAGAAGCAUUGAAAAAGAAAGCAACUUUAGAAACAGCAACACCAAACCCAUCAGAAAAAUGA